AUGAAAUCGACAUCAACCCUCCUUACCGGCUUUUUAGCCACCCUCUGGACAGCAGCUCCAACAUCAGCCUUUUUCCGCAUGCCCUGUCCCGGCCGUCUCGUCGACGAACGAGCUGACCCCAUCGUCAGCCCCGGAGCGAUUUCGGGACAUGUGCACUCUAUCGCUGGUGGAAACGGCUUCGGAUUCAACAUGACAUACGAAGACGCGCGUGCCUCCUCAUGCUCUUCAUGCCCCAUCAAGGCUGAUUUGUCGAAUUAUUGGGUUCCGCAUUUGUAUUAUCGUGCUCAGAACGGGACGUUUGUGGAUGUUCCUGUUUCGGGUGAUGGUGAUGGAAAUCUUGGUGGUAUUACGGUUUACUACCUUCAACGACCCGGUGCAAACAACGAUCCCCUGAAAGCCUUCCCUGAGGGCUUCCGCAUGCUCGCCGGAGACCCCUUCCGACGCAACUACACCGGCGACUUUGCCGCCCAAGGCGUCAGCUACGCGUGCCUGGAUUACAACGGCCCAGCCAAAGCCGAAACCAACGGGUUCCCGGACUACAACUGUCCCGACGGUCUACGUGCCCAGGUGUUCUUCCCAUCCUGCUGGGAUGGUGUAAACCUCGACUCUGCAGACCACAAAUCUCACGUCUCCUACCCCAUUUCGGGCGCUUAUAACGACGGUGUUUGUCCGGAUACGCAUCCCGUGCAUCUAGUUUCAAUCUUUUAUGAGAUUAUCUACCAGACAAAUCUUUUCGCGGAUCAGUGGUGGGAUACCACGCAACCUUUCGUCUGGGCUAUGGGUGAUCCUACGGGAUAUGGGUUCCAUGGUGAUUUCGUCAAUGGCUGGGACGUUGAUACCCUGCAAUAUGCGGUCGACAACUGCCUCAACGACAGCGGCUUGAUAUCCGACUGUCUUGCCGCAGACGGCUCUGAAUUCUUUGAUCUCUUCACCAAUGAAGAAUCUAAGUUUUGUACUCUACCCGCUUUUGUAGAUGAGACUAUUGGUCCCGUGGUCGAUGCCCUCCCGGGAUGCAAUCCGGUCACUUAUGGUCCUGAAGAAGCGACUCCUUCUAAAUGUAAUAGUGAUAAAACUGUGAUCAGUGAUACGGUGCUGGCGAACUACUACACUGAUGUUACGCAGAGCCUGGGUUGGGAGUAUUCCGGAUGCGCGUUCGAUAAUAUUUCGACCAGGACGUUGGAUGGCUCAAAUGAGAGCAAGGAUGAUAUGACGGUUGAGACGUGUAUCAGUUUCUGCUCUGCUGCCGGUUAUUCGUAUGCUGGAUUGGAGUAUUCGACUCAAUGCUACUGCGGAAACUCAAUCGCCGCCGCCAACGCUCCAAUCGCCGGUGUCGUGGGCGGAUGUCUCUUCCCCUGCGGCGGAAACUCGACUCAAAUGUGUGGUGGAUCAGCUGCGCUAUCGGUCUACCAUAACUGUGCCGGAAGCUCUUCAUGCGCAAAUGCCAAUAUCGGUGUGAUUGAGGGUGCUGCUUCGGUUGCUGCUUCUGCCGCGGCUGGAUCUAGUGCUACUGCCAUUGCCACUGCCACUGCUGCUGCUUCAGCUGUAUCCUCAGGUACUUCGACAGGAACCACAGCUACUGCCGUUGCUACAACUGUGGCAGCUACGUCGGCGACCGCGACUGCAGUCGCUAAUGUAGUGUCGUCAAAGACUACCUCUGUCGGCGCCACUUCCGUGCCCGCUGCUACUGCUACCGCUGUGGUUACCGGUGGCGAGGAGGUCGUUCAGGUUACUUCCACCAUUACAAAGGGUAUCACUCACUGGAAGACCGUCACGGUGACAGUGCCUGGUCCUACGGUUACCGUUACCGUCACAGUUACCGUUUAA